AGAAGAAGUCUGUCGUGUUGUGAUUGGCUGGCUGCUGUGAGUGUGCUUCAGUCAUGGCCGAGACAACAACAGGAGAAGGACCGCAAGGAGCUGCAGCGUUUUUUAACAAAGAGAGACUGAAGCACGGCCCGGAGGAGGAGGCCAGGCUGGAGAGGAAGCACUUCUGGAGAAUAAUCGAUGCUUUUAGAUUUUACAGGGUCCAUGUCCAGGAGCAGGUCAAGCGUGCCGAGCGUCAGUUCCUUAGCCUCCCGCAGCGCCACCAGAAUUUGCUGCCAGAUGUUUUGUCCAAUCUGGCCCGGAUCAGCCAUUGUGCGGACCACAACCAGGAGAUUCUACAGGCCAUCAUUCACAAUAGCCUCCACAUGUUUGAGAACAUCGAGUAUGGCGAGAGGGAGGAUCCGCGGAAGGUGCGACAAUCCACUACAUUUGACAUGGACAAGCUCAAGUCCACCAUAAAGCAGUUUGUCAGAGACUGGAGCGAGACGGGCCGGGCUGAGAGGGACACUUGCUACAAGCCCAUCAUUCAAGAGAUCCAAAGACUAUUCCCAAGUGACCAAUAUGAUGUGUCUAAGGUGAGCGUGCUGAUUCCGGGUGCUGGGCUUGGCCGUCUAGCCUGGGAGAUAGCACGGCUGGGUUAUAUUUGCCAGGGCAACGAAUGGAGCUUCUUCAUGCUCUUCUCUUCAAACUUUGUCCUCAAUAGGUGUGAAAAGGUGAACUCUCUGACCCUGUACCCCUGGAUCCACCAGUUUAGCAACAACAAGAAAUCCGCCGACCAAACACGACCAAUCAUAUUCCCCGAUGUCAACCCUCAGAGCUUACCGCUAGAUGCAGACUUCUCCAUGGUAGCAGGGGACUUUGUGGAAGUCUACAGUGAAUCAGAAUCCUGGGACUGUGUGGCUACCUGCUUCUUUAUUGACACAGCUCAUAAUGUCAUCGAGUAUGUGGAGACUAUCUGGAAGAUUCUGAAGCCUGGUGGAGUGUGGAUCAACCUGGGUCCACUGCUGUACCACUUUGAGAACAUGGCAAAUGAGCUGUCAGUUGAACUUAGCUACGAAGACAUUAGGACGGCGAUUGUUAACUUUGGAUUCCAUUUUGAGGUGGAGAAACCGUCGGUUCAGACCACCUACACAGAGAACGACCGCUCUAUGUUGAGAUACGUUUACGACUGUGUCUACUUUGUGGCACGAAAACCUGCAGACCUGUACUUUAACGGUGAAGAAGAAGAAGAAGAAGAAGAAGAAGACGACCAACAACAGAGUUCUCCACGGGCAGCUAAGUCACCACGGCGAGACGGUACCGACAGCCUGACGUGACAGGAAAUCCUUUGACAAAAACAGUAAACUUAGAGGCGCGCAGCCAUUGACUAAGCGAAGACUACACUGAAAAACGAAAAAAGAAAGUGGACACAAGGAAAAAAAAUCAGUGGACAUACAUUUUGUUUUUUGUCAUCUAUAUUUUUUAUCUCAUGGAGAAAUGUGCCCAACUGCGCUGGCUCUGUGUAACACCUGAAAAACAUCAAAAUACUACAUGAUGCCUGGCUUUGAGAUGAGUCAGUUAGCCUUGUUUACUCUUUUGUUUUAGUGGUUUGUGUAUCAGCUACAAACCAUGAAGAGUAUGUUUCUUUUAACUGCAGUCCUGCCUGCGGUCUUACUAAUUCACAUCUCCAUUGACUUUCACUGCCUGAGAGAGAGAGAGAGAGAGAGAGACUUU